ACUCACGCUGUUAGCUAGCAAACGUUUCCCGGUUGUUUGUUUAGAGCUGUGACAAAUAUAUGUCAUUCAUUAAAUAUAACUGACUAAUAUCUGAUCGUUUUAAAAAAAAAAAUGAGAAAAAAGGACAAAACACUACAUUACCCAUAAUCCACGACGGCAAAACAGACAUGGGGGUCAAGGGUGAGUCAAGCCGAAACUGCUACUUGCAUGUGAAAACGAAAUAAAAUUCGGGUUUUAUUUUUGCUGUUAUACCGUAACAGACCGUUAUGAUUUAAGAGCUAGCGUUACGUCACGUGUCACUUUUUCCUUCAACUAUCACUCCGAGUUUAUUCAACGCUACUUCCGCAGCCUUAUUUUAGCAUUGGGCGUGUCGGUUUCACCUCGUCAAACAUAUUUUUACUAACGCUGUCUUUUAAAUCACACACUUGUCAUGGCGUCCACCACCGCUACUGAAGAUUCAACUCAGCUUGAAGCUGUCAAAAGUAAAGAUGAGGAAGGACCCAACGUGUGCCGGUUCUUCCUGAAGGGAAAGUGCCAUUUUGGUCCCAGAUGUCGUAUGUCUCACCAGUCUGCCCAGCUGAUUUGUGAAGUAACCAGCAGCUCAGUCGAGUCAUCAAUGGCUAUCGCAGAUGCUAUUCUUCUGGAGGACCAGGAGGCAGAACAAGAGGAAGAAAAACAAAAGAAGAAGAAAGGAGAUCGGAACAAAGCGUCAAAGCCAAAGGAAAAGGCGGCCAAAGAUGACGUCAACAAAAAGCCUCGCAUGCGGACAGCUGACGACAUCAUCUCCCGCAUUGUCUGGGAUCCCUCGGUGGAUGCCUCCCAAUUUAUAGUGGGCUAUGUGGAUCGUUUCCUGGGCGUACUGGAGCGCCCCUUCUCUGAAUUCAACUGGGACACCAACCCGUGUGACUGCGACUACGCCACCGAGCUGGCCCUUCCCAGACACAGGAUCCAGUACUUCACCUACAGAGGGCAUCGUGUCUGGGACCGUCACAGCAGGACCGACAGGGUGUUUGGCUCCACCGGUCAAUCUCUGGCUCCCCCCUUCGGAGGGGAAGAGGAAGUAGAAGGCAAAGAAACACAGCCUGAGGACCAAGAGCAGCAAGGGAAAGUAACUCUGGGACAUGGACAAGCAACAAGAGAGGAGCCACCUGCUGUCAAUGGGCAGGGAAUGGAUUGUACCACCACUGAGAGCGCACAUCUGGAGGACGAAACUCAUCCCUCUGACUCAGCACAAGCCUCCCUGGAAUGGGCAUGUGUUGUGGAGGAGGCUGCAAAUAGUCUGACAGCCUCGGCAGACAGAGAAGGACCACUCGUACAAGAAGAGAGAACAGCUGAAGGGGAAGAAAGUUUUGAAAGCCAGGACAAUUCGACUCCAUCAGCAUCUCUUGGUCAAAGAUCAGAGAACCGUGGCGGUCGCCCCCCUAAGAAGAAACCCACGCACUUCAUCACCUUCAGGGCCAACACUCCCGCUAUCCUCACCUGUUUCCAGCAGCUCCAGGAGGAAAUCACAGCUCUUCUUCCGUCCUCCGCCCCUCACUGGCAGGCCUCGUCCAGGUUGCACGUCACCCUCUGCCUCCUGGUGCUGCCCGGCCCGGCCGAGGUGGCGGCUGCCGGGGAGAUCCUCCGACAGUUUGCCCACAUGGAUCGCAACCCCCCGGUGGCGGUGAUGUUUCCCGUGAAGCUGAAGCAUUUCAACGGCAGGGUGAUGUACCUGAGCCCGCAGCCUCAGCUUCAUCUCCAGCAGCUCAACAACGGCCUGCAGGAAGCCUACAGGAACAAAGGAUGGCUCCACAGAAACUCUUACAACCCCCGCUACCACCUCACCCUGGCCAAGGUCAAGGACAAGGAGGGAGAAAGGACCUUCAAUGAUGUGGGAGACCUGAAGGUGGGGAAAGGUUUAAAUUUUGGUCGUUUGCCAGUAAACACCUUGCACCUUUGUGUCAUGGGGAGUGCACGGGUGGAUGGUUUUUAUGAGACUUUGUGCACAGUAACUCUUAGAUAAUGGAUACUAUUUAUAUACUCGCACGCUUUACAAAGACAUGGGGCUCUAUGUCAAAGAUCAGGCCUAACUAUAAAUAAUAUUACAGUAGUAGUAAAAUUGAUUUUGAUGCUUUAUUUUGAUUCCAUGUCUCCUAACCUUUGGGGUCCCCAGAGGACAAAAAAGUCCCAUUUUUUUAACGCAUUGGAAUUAGAGUAUAGAAAUACCUGGAUGUUUCAUGUUGUUGGUGAUAAGUGUUUGCUCCUGGACGUUUGUGACUGUGGCGAGUUCCGGGAGGGGGGCGCGAGGCUUCACGAGGUCCGUGACGCAGCUUGUUUGUAUUUCUAAACAUACAGCAUUUGCUUUGCUUUUCAUGGUGAUAAUGAUUUUUUGCAAAUGUUUCACGGACAUUACGUCAUUAAGCCCCUCCCCCCAUCGGAACUCAACACAGUCACAAAAGUCCGGUAGCAAACAUUUAUCACCUACUAUGUGAAAAUUGCCCAACCUUAUUCUAAACAGUAAAUUUGACAAAUUGGGCUAAUUUUAAACAAAAUGAAACCCUGAAAUUAGAAAAUGCAUGUGUCUGUUGUCUAAUUACAAUAGGCGAAUAAUGGUGCCUAGAAUAGAAGUCAAUGGGGGUUUUUAGUCCUUUUGGGCCGCUUAUCCUCAUUAGGGUCGUGGGGUAUGCUGGAGCCUAUCCCAGCUGACUCUGUGCGAGAGGCGGGGUACACCCUGUACUGGUGGCCAGCCAAUGGCAGGGCACAUAUAGACAAACAACCAUUCACACUCACAUUCAUACCUAUGGACAAUUUAGUCUCCAAUGAAGCUAACAUGCAUGUUUUUGGAAUGUGGGAGGAAACCGGAGUACCCGGAGAAAACCCACACACACACGGGGAGAACAUGCAAACUCCACACAGAAAUGCCCAAGCGGAGAUUUGAACCCUGGCUGGCCUGAUGGUGUGGCCACCGUGCAGCCAAAAAAAACAACCAACAACAAAGCAUCAAAAUCAAUUUUACUACUAAUCUCAUGCAUAGUUAAAGGAAAAUCAUCCACAAUCAUUAUUCUGUGUGUUCUAAAGAUAUAAAAACUCAUACUUUUGAACUUUUAUCUCAUAAUUAUGACUCUUUAUCUUGUCAUUUUGACUUUUUAUUUCAUAAUUUAGACUUUUUAUCUUAUAACUAUGACUUUCCUAUUUCAUAAUUUUUACUUUUUAUCUCAUGAUAAGGACUUUUUAUCUUGUAAUUUUGCCAACAGGUAAAAAGAGACAGCUAAUUAAUGCACGUAAUGGAACUCAACUAUUCCGCCUACAAAGGCCGCUAUUAAAACACCCCCACAAAGCUCCAAGAAGGUUUUAUGGUUUUCUAUCCAUGCUGUGAGCAUGUAAUAACGGGUACAUUCAUGAUAACAUGGAAUACUGACAAGGGAUGUCCCGAUCCGCUGUAUUUUGGAGAUCGGGACAUCGGCUUCCGCCAUGAGAUCGGCCCGAUCCGGUUGCCGUUAGCGUUCGGAACUGUGUACCACACUCCAACUUGGUAGGUGCGGUAAUACGCCUCAAAGCUGGUUGCCACUCGACUCCCGCCACCCGCCCGCUAGAAGAAGAAAACACAACACCACCAUGCAGACAUGUCCACGAUGUACCGUGGUGAUGUUAGUUUCCGUUGGGUAGUUGGAAUGGCGCUGUAGCUACAGCGGUAGUUCCCCCCUCACUGUGCCCGCACCGCUGUGUUAUGGUGCCAGGAGCUUGCACGGGAAGUGCCGCUGUACAGUGGCGGCCAGUGGUGGCCGUGGCCACCGUUGGUCACUCUCCGGCCACCCCACUGGCCAUCUAGACACUUCAGGUAUCAGCUUAUUGCCACCCCUAUGUGAGUAAUGGUUUCACCUUGGCCACCCCAAUGAAAUAUUUCUGGCUCCGCCAAUGCCGCUCUAACCGCUGGUUGUUUAGACUAGGGACUGUCAAUAAAUUACUAUUGUGUUUAAAAAAAAAAAAAAAAUCAUAUAUUCUAAAUCACACCACAAAUUGAUCUCUAAUCAUGUAAAAGUAUUUUUGCACACCCAUUCUUUCCAGUUUUAUCUUUUAUUGGAUGGACUUUUAUUGGGUUAUGGACCUGACUCAUAGCGGUUUGUUACUAAAGCGAAGUACUAUUGUUUAUGCUGUGUAAUAAAAAAAAGUUAAUUCAGCGAUACUUUAGUUAAAUUAUACAUAAUAAUAAUAAUAAUACAAAAUGCUUUGAAGAGCUAAUUUCAUAACCAUAUUCAAUGCUACAAAUUCAUGUUUGUAACAAAAGCUUUUUAUGAAAAUGGCCAUUUUAAGCAUUAGCAGAACUUUCUUCCUGGGUGCAUUGAUUUCACAUAGCAACAAAGAAAGGAACACCACACUUAGCUUAGCGUUACCUUUCACUAGUGGCCUGAGGCAUUGUGAGUGAGUGUGUAGUGAAGCUAGUAGCUAGCUGGUGUGGUGUGGCGAGGUGUCACUACGCCAGCAACGUAGUUCUUGGGUGUAACAAUGUUAAUAACAACAAUAACAAUGUUGCUGUAGCUUGGUUAAUACGCAGGUCACAUUAUGUAAUUGGAGCGUUGUUGGCGCAUUUGGAGGUUUUUUCAGAGGGCUUUAUAGGCGGAAAAGGUGUGGUAAAUAUUUACACGUUUAUUUUUUGUCGAUUGAGAGAUCAAAGCAAAAAAGUAGAAAAAACUUCAUCUGUUAUAUUAUCUGUUAUUGCAGUUUUUGGGAGUAGACUUUUUUUUGUCUUCUAGGGACCCGAAAGGGUGGGAUAUUUGGCCUGGGCAUCUGGUUGACCUAGGAACAAUUUUCUUGAUUUUUAUUUGAAUUUUAUGGCUUUGUCAUGAACCAAGGAAAAAACAAACAAAAAUAUACCUGCAAGGAGAAAAAAGAGUGGUAAUGUGUUCAUGUUGAGGUCAUGGAUGACGAUCUUAUUUACUUACGGCUACAAAAUCAAUCAUGGUGGUCCUCGGGGCUUAGGACGCCGCACACAAACUACAUUGCGUUCAAAAGCUCUUAUGCUUGUGUGGGGAUUGAACGAUUGACCGCUACCCUUAAUGAGGGGAUUUAUUUUGCAAAUAUAUAAGAUGAUACGUGAAUGUAACCAAUUAUGUUGUAUUCUUUUGAAUCCUAACUUGCCAGAAGCACUGAAAACACAGAAAUAGUACAGUGUAGUAAUAAUACUGUGCAUCCUCUCACAUUUGCCAUUCACGUGCACACUUAUACAUACAUUCAAUUCAUGGCCCCCCAGGAACGCGGAUUUUUGGUCAAAAAACAUUUUAGAUUUUUCUCAACUGAAGACAUGUGUCAUUCAACAUGAGUUGGGAAUCAUUUAUUUGAUCAUUUGUAAAUCCAUGAUAUUACAGGUCAAGUGUACCGAGUACAUGUACCACUGUUGGAAAGCCCACACUUUUUACUCGUUGAUGAUGUCUUGCUGCUUCACUGAUAAAGUACUUUCGUCAAGUGGUGGGAUUUUGUGCUUUCUUUGGCGGUCCUUGAAUGCAACCAUAGUUGUGUGGUGUUUGGCUACAGAAGCACUAGCAGAGCGUGACCCCUGCUGUAUUGGCAUUGCUGUUAUUAUUACAUAUAGUACUUUCAUGGUGCCGUUUCCAAUUAGGAUGGAUAAGAAUCGGCUGUAAACCCUUAAAUGAAUGGAUUGUAGAGACAUGCACCUGGUAUCGCAAGACUAGCAACCGCUUGACAGUCCAUCCCUUAAACAGCGCGAGAGCCUGGGCUGCCGGCCAAAGGAUUGUCACGAAUGCUCCGUAGCUUAGCAUGACUGAACACCGUAGUGGAUGUAAAUAGCAUUAGCAGCACUAGCUAGCUAGUCACCAGAAAGCUUUUUAAGACAGCAAAACUUAUGUGCAUUAUAGCCAUCUAAUUUAUCUUAUUUAUUAUGUAUUGUGUACAAGUAAAACAGGAACAACAUCAAAUUAAAAGCACUAAAUGAAUACAGAGCCACCAUCCACCAGUACCAGCCUGGACUUUGUUUUUCAGAGAUCAAAUAUGCACAUUAGCACUCAGUAAGGUCAUCCAAUCAUAGCUUCAUGCAUUUGGGAGCAAAUAUGAGGUGAAAAUACAGUGAAUACAGUAUACAGCCUAUCUGUGCAGCUUGGGAGAACAUUAGAAGGUGCGUUCAAGGACGGUCAAAGUGGGACAAAACACCGCUCACAUUAAAUAUGCAAAAACUGUUGGAUUUCUAACUGUAUAUUAUUUUUUUGAAUAAAAUGAAGGCUCAUAUUUCCAAAAUUGACAUACAUUUACAUCAAAUUUGAUGUAGUUAUUUAAAUGUUUUUUGUUUUUUUAAAGUGUUUCCCACAGCUUGGUGGUUGGGGAGCCCUGCCUCACAGCAUGCGUGGGGAUGUGAUGUGCUCUUUUACACAUGAAAAUACUGUAAGAAUGACACUUUCACACAAUUGGCUUCUUUAUUUUGGAAUGUAACAUUCAUGCCUACAUCAACAAAUGGAACCACUGAGUCAUAUUAAAUGAUUGUUUGUACACUA